CUGGUUUUCAAAUUCUGGAAAAAAGAAAAAAAGGGGAAGAGAAGGAAAAAGAGGGAUCAGACGAUGAUGAUUCUCUUUCGAUUUCUUCUGCACUGAAAGGCAACAAGAACUUCGAAUCCCUCGUCCUUCGUUUUAUCGAUCGAGAAGUUUUUGGAUCGAUCUAAUCGAUUGGAAAGAUUUGAAAGAUGGGGGAUUUUAAUCUUGCUCUAGUGAUCGUCGCUAUAGUGGUUUGUGUUCUUGUUUUCAUCUUCAAUGUCUAUCUUCUCGUCAACUAUCAACAUCCUGAUGAUGCGAAUCAAGCUUAUUUCCCCAAGUUCGUCGUUGUUUUGGGUCUCUCCAUUGCUGCAAUUUCUAUACUUAUGCUUCCAGCCGAUGUUGCUAACCGUGCGGCAUGUCAACACGCGAUCUACAAUGGCGCCUGUAAUCUCACUUUGCCAAUGAAGACACUGUGGAUUAUUGUCUACAUUGUUGAUGCUGCACUCGUCUUUUUCAUUAUCCCCUUCGCCAUGUUCUACUACGAAGGCGAUCAGGACAAGAGCAUAGGGAAACGAAUAAAGAGUGCAGUGCUGUGGGUAGGGGCUACGGCCUUUGUUUGCGCUCUAGUGCUUGGCAUUUUAUACGGUGUAGUUGGAAAGGUGGACUUCACUGUUAGACACCUUUCUUCACCCACAACUAAUUUCCCAACUUCAUGGGCUUUUUCUAGUAGCCAGCCAUGUAUUGGUGGUGCAUCUUUUCAUCAGUGCUCUUCAUACACAGCUGGUGCUUCAUCAGAGAAAACGUGGACUAUGCGUACCACUUUUCCAGAAUACGUUGUCGCCCUCACCACCAUUGUUGGAUCCGUUCUAUUCUCGUUAUUUGGUGGUGUAGGUAUUGCUUGCCUGCCUUUGGGGCUUAUAUUUUCAUUUAUUCGGCGUCCAAAGGCUGUUAUUACUCGUUCACAGUAUAUCAAGGAAGCAACUGAAUUGGGGAGAAAAGCUAGAGAAUUGAAAAAAGCUGCUGACGCACUUCAUCAAGAAGAGAGAAGUGGUUCUAAAGGGAGGAAAUGGCGAAAAAAUGUAAAGGCUGUUGAAAAGGAGUUGCUUCUUUUGGAAGAAGAUGUCAAAGCUUUAGAUGAGAUGUAUCCUCAAGGAGAGAAGGCAGAGACUACUUGGGCUUUAACUGUUAUUGGCUACCUGGUAAAAUUUGUAUUGGGAGUUCUAGGGUUGAUUGUCUCAGUAGCUUGGGUGGCACAUAUUGUUAUUUAUCUCUUGAUUGAUCCACCUCUUUCUCCUUUCCUUAAUGAGGUUUUCAUCAAGCUGGACAAUGUCUGGGGCCUUCUAGGUACUGCUGCAUUUGCCUUCUUCUGCUUCUACCUUCUAGUGGCAGUUAUUGCUGGGGCAAUGAUGCUUGGUCUGAGAUUAGUUUUCAUUACUAUUCACCCAAUGAAGUGGGGUGCGACUCUAAUGAAUUCAUUUCUGUUCAAUGUGGGACUCAUUCUCCUUUGCUCCAUCAGUGUGAUUCAGUUCUGUGCUACAGCUUUUGGUUAUUAUGCCCAAGCAACUGCUGCUCAAGAAAUAUUUGGUCACACAUUGCAAUCUCUUCGUGGAAUUAAAUAUCUGUACAAGUAUAAUGUAUUUCAAAUUGCAUUUAUUGUCUUGGCAGGCCUCACAUUUGUAUAUUAUGCUGCCUUUGGAUGGAGGAGGAGAAAACUUACUGGCAGAUUCCAGCUCGCCAAUUAAGUAGUGUGCUUCUUGGAAGAGCAUUGGACUGGGUGACUCCUAAAUUCUCAAAGCACGUCAUUCAUCUUGAAGUGGUUUUCGGAGUUGGAUGUAUAUGGCCUUAGUUUGUUUCAAUAUCAUAAUUUCAAAGCAUGGUCCGUUCACGUUCAAUCCUAAAUCUGCAGCUCUUAGGAGCAUGGUGAGUGCUACUGCUGGUGCCGCUGUUGUUUGUUGCGUCUGGGGUUAUCUCAGUGAUGCCUUUUUUUCUUUCUCUUAUCCUCCUAUGUAUCUCUAUUACAUGGCUGAUUUAUCUUAUAAAUUGACAUGUGCUUGUGAUGAUGAUAUGUACUUCCAGAUAGGGAUGACAGGCUUGGGGUUGGAUGACUACCACUACUGUAAUUUAGACUUCAGGAACAAUAUUCUUUUUUGGUUUUAGCGGAUCAGUUUGCUUAGGUAUAUGUACAAAUGAUAUAUGCCUUGUAUCGAAUUUCCUAGGAAAUUUAGAGUUCUGAAA